AUUGUUGACGAAUAUUAGUAUCCAGAUAAGCUAAGUAAUCACGUGGUAUCUGGCACCGCCCACUUCAGCUUAUCUCGAUGGUCCAUUCGCCAAAACCUAAAUAAACAUUAUAUUCAUCUCGUAAAUGAGGUAUACUUUAGAGAUAUCGGCAUUAUAACUGCGAUAGUGAGGAUUGGAUAGAUUUUUUUCCUCUGAUUACUGACCCACGAAAACUUUCUCGAGAUAAAGUCAAAAGUUCCAUCAAAACACUAAUUCCGAAGUCUACAUAGAAUAAAAAGGUUGAACAUCAGAUACAGCAAUUUUCCACCUGUCGUCGCCCACACUUAGAGAAUAUAUCAUAGUAAACGACGUUUGACAUUUUCCUCAUUCUCCUGUGUUCACAUUUCACUACGUAUGAACCGAAUGGAGUUUCAUGGCACAUACGGAACCAUUGUGGAUUAGUGCGCCGCAGUCUUAUUCGACUCAAGUGAAGGAAGAACCGUUUGACGACCAUUCAGGUAAUCAUCAUCAACAGCAACAUAGUCCACCAGUUAACAACACACAACCCGCAGCCUAUGCGCGGGGUAUGCUGAAUUUCCAGGAAAACAGUCCACUUUUGCCAAACGAAGAAGUGGAAACUUUCUUUAACCAUCUAGACCAUCCAGUUAGUAUAACUCGUGCUCACGACUCAGAACGAGACUCGCAUUCAAGUGACUCAGACAAUUCAAAACUCUCACCGCCAAAUACAAUGUUUCAUAACACGAUGCAAUCGAUGUCAAUCCCAUCAGCCGGUGGUUACGCUGAUGCACCCGGUGCUAACAGUUUUAUGCAUGCAGGUGCCAGUCCAGUUUAUGUACCAACAACCAGACCAGUGCUUCCAAUGCAGUAUGUCGGCAAUGGAUCCGGACAAACUGUGUCAUCUCCAAACACUCCUUCCAUGUGGCCAAUGCAGUCAGAUGCUACUUACAGUACUCCAAACACUCAUCCAUCUGUAUCACCUAGAUUUGCUUUCGCCCCAUCACCAAACUCGCCACCAUCAGCCAGAACAGACUCUAGUUUCAAUUCCGCUUUACGUCCAAGUGGUAUCAGCCCGUAUCCUCCGUAUAUGACACCAGAGUUCUCAUGGAAUUACAACAUGGCCCUGCAACAAGGUUUACGGCGGUCAGGCCCUGAUAACCAAGACUACUUCGCGGACUUGGAGGGGCGGGAAUGUGUAAACUGCGGAGCAAUCUCUACCCCAUUAUGGCGCCGAGAUGGUACCGGUCAUUACCUAUGUAACGCCUGUGGAUUAUAUCAUAAGAUGAAUGGAAUAAAUCGCCCCCUCAUAAAGCCUCAAAGGCGAUUGGGUGAUUUCGGUGAUGCCUAUUCGAACGCACCCCAAUAUCAGACUGGCGAUGCUCUUCAAGCAUUUGGUCCUUGGACAACAGGCGGAAAGGUACUGGGAAAAUCUAGAAGUGCUUCUAGACGAGUUGGUCUGUCUUGUGCUAAUUGUCAUACCUCAACAACUACUUUAUGGAGGAGAAACAACGAAGGGGAACCAGUUUGUAACGCAUGCGGACUCUACUAUAAACUUCAUGGGGUAAACAGACCUUUAGCAAUGAAGAAAGAUGGCAUUCAGACACGAAAGAGGAAACCAAAGAAUUUAGGCAAGAAUAAAACAAACCAAGGCAAAAGUGAUCAAGAUGUGAAAACUUCACCUCAUUCUCCACAAAUGACCGGAAAUCAGAGUUCCCACGUGACACCAGUUGGCACGCCUACCAUGAACGGAAAUACUAUUGAAAUGCUAGCGCACAACAAUCCUAUCACAUCCCUUUCUUCCGACCAUACAUCUGGUUUAUCGAGUCCACUGAAUAAUGUCCAUUAUCCAUCACCAUCUCCACCAAGAGCCGUCCCCGUAAAAAUAGAACAUGACGUCAUGGAAUCACAUGGUCAAACAUAUCAUUCGGAAUCGCCGUCAGGAUUAAAUACUGUAACUGUUGGUGCUAACUGAAGAACAGUUGUAUUCAAGUGUAGAGUAACAACAUUUACUCACAAAUCGACGAGAAAAAACGAGAUCAUACGAUAGAAAUGAGAUAUUAUAUUCCUACCUCAGGAUAAUUAACAGGUUUAACUCAUCACGUGUGUUCAUCAGAAAUGUAGUUACAAUAUGACAUAUCAGUGUAUUUGUGGACAAUAAAAACCAGUUGUGUAUCAGACCUGGUUUCAUGUUUUUUCGUGUAUUAAUUCAAUUCCAAAUUGACUUGUGAUAUUUAUAUAUAUUUUUGCAUUAUUGCAUUAAAUAAUUACAUAAAUGUAUAUGUAUAUAUAUAUUUUAGUAGAUUAAUUCUAUUAAAUUUAUUAUGAUACCAAAAGAAUAGCAUUGCAUCUUAUGAUUCAUACAUGUAUAAGAAAUAUUAAGCUGCCAGCUAUUUGAGAAAAUAUUGUGCCAAACUUGUAUCUUGCCUUUUAUGUUUGAUCUAGUCAUGUGGUCACCUUAGUUUCUUGCCAGACAAUACAUUAAAACACGUGACAGAUUUUAUCAAAGCAUUGGUUCCCUUUACUUUUUCUCAAGAAUGCAUUGCUAGUUGAUUAAUAUUGGUUUUAAUUUGACACGUUGAAAUAUUGUCACAUACAUGCUAGCUAUACUGUAAAGAUAAUGCAUAGAACGUUACUUUUUUUUUAUAUUAUUUCUUAUUUAUGCUUAAUUUUUGUCUGAGUGUAAAUAAUUUCGCCAGUGCUAUUUUUCUGUUUGCAGGUUAAUAUAUACUGUACAUUAGCUAAACUAAGAAAAUACCAUUAAUGUUAUUUUUAAGACUGUUUUUACGAAUUGAUUUUAAAUGUUGCUAAAAAGAGUAUCACAGUUUUUAACGAUUUUCUUAUGUUCAAGACUAUAAACGAUGGACAACUGAACCAAUGUAGGCCGUUUCUCGCUUCUAUAUAUAACGUUUUAUGACACAUGAUUUCAGUUUGUCAUAUGAUAACAUUUUUUCAAAUAUUCAUGUGACUUGCAUAGAUUAUAUAUAGAUACUUUUAAAUUGUUAUGUACAGUAUAGAG